AGUUUUUAGUCAUUUUAUUAUCUUGUAUGUUAAUUUAGGUUAUGUUAAAUUUUAUUCUUUGACACACAAGUAAAAUGCAUGAAUAAGUUGAACUAUAUGUUCAUAGAUGAUAUUAUUCGGAAGAUAUAUUGUCUUAUUAUCAAUUUUUUUAAAUCUAAAACUUUAAUCUGAACGCCAAGCGAAUAAAGAUCUUAAUUGAGACAGUUGAUUAUUUUAUGAGAUUAUAUGAGUGUCAACUAUAUUUUUAUCUGAAACAUUGACAAGAUGCUAAUAAAGAUCGAUGCCUCAUGGAAGUUUGCUUGAUUGCCAAAACUUAGAUGUUUUUAACAGUACCUCACUAGUGUUCGAAAGAAGAAUGUCAUUGGGCUCUAUCCAUACAUAUUCCAUCGAAUAAGAUAUUUUAAAGCAGUAAUAAAUCAAGAUAUAAUUUGCUUGGAGUGCUAUGUUGAUAUCAGUGAUUCAAUUGCAAGUAUACAUACAUAAUGUUGAGAUUGGUGUGUCCAAAAUGCCACCAUCGCUUUCCAGUUCUGGGAUGCUGUUUAAAGUGGAGCGAUGAAACCAACCAAAAGAAAAUAAAGGAAGAACAGAAGAAUAAAAAAGAAAAAGAGAAGGAUGAAGAGAAAAAGAAAGAGAUAGAGGAUGAAAAGGAAGAAGGGGCAGAUGAAGAGGAGGAGGAAGAAAAAGAGGAAGUGAAAGAGGUGGAAAAAAAAGAAGAAAAAACGAUGACUGCUAAUACUUUUUGUUCAACAACAGCAACUUAUUAUGUUAGUAGUCUUCCAACGUCACAAGGCUAUACUAGUGGUAGCAAGUGUUUUAUCAAUCCAUCUACAGAUAUCCAUGAGCCUCCCAUUUUUCAGUCACAUGCGGCCAGUUGUAAUCCUAAUAUUGAAAUUACUGGUUCUGAUACAAUGGAAUUCUUCUACGACUACGACAUACAGACGUCGUCGAUAAAACAAAGUCAUCGUCCGCUGUUAAAAGCGCCAAUAUAUCAAUCAAAUGAUCAAGACUCUUUCAAAGUAGUAACAGAAAAUUUUAAUUAUAAGAUUGCACCUUCGGAGCAAUAUGUUGCGACUACAUGCGAACUUACUGGUGGUAGCGUUACAAUUGCUACACCCGACACACAGUCAGGUGGUUGCUUAAUACAAAACACGGAAACCGAAAUUCUAGUACAAGCUUCGGAAGUUAAAAUUCAAUCAAAGCUUACUGGCGGCGGUUGUCUUGUACAAAAGAAAUUAUCUGCUGAAGAUGAACGAUUGACGACAUCAAAAUGUACAAAAGGCUUCACGCUUGUCAAUAAUAAUACUCAUCGGUCUUUUUUUACUCCUCUGAAUGAUUACUCAGAAUUGUCUCGGAACAUAAGGAUAUUGCCAUCUGAAAUGAUAAAAGAUAAUGAGAAUAACGAAAUAACAAGUGUUGAAUCAAGGCAACGAAAAAUACCAACCGUGAAAACGAGUAAUUGUUGUGAUUGCAAGGGUACAUUUCAGCAGAAUCACUGUCAACAUCACAGACGGCUGUUUGAUACGUCUCUCGUGGAUAAUCGUGAUUCAUUGCUGCUGGAGCCUAUUAGCAGCGUACAAUUCCGAGUGAACGCCACUGUGCAACUACCCGCGAACCUGGGCCAGUGCACAGUAAAUAUCACAGCGACAACGGCAACACCACCGAACCAAGUCGUGGCGAUGAAGUUUCCAGGUCGUGGUAGAAACAAUUUUCAUGGAGGUGGUAUUGUGCAGCCGAAUGAAUUGGACUGCGCAAUGGUGAAUCGGACAGUUGAAAACAACAAUAAGAGUUAUAAUAAUUUUGAACAAAGGGAAGAGACGUCAACUUCGGAUUCACUAUCGACUUUGCUAAUGCCGACUUCUUGGAGUCUGGAUACAGACACAAAUAGAUUACGUGAGGUAAAAAGGUUACUGCAGAUUUGUGGUUGGUAUCAUGAGGGUAUUAGUUGGCAGCAAAGCGAAAAUCUCUUAAAGGACGCGUCCAUAGGACGAUGGCUAAUGAGAGAUAGUUCAGACAGUAGAUAUACUUUUGCAGUAUCUGUCAAAACAGCCAGAGGCCCUGCUUCUAUUAGAGUUCAUUAUUUUUUGGAACAGUUUCGGCUCGAUGCUGAACCAAGGUUAACAUUGGCAAUGCCUUUCUUUAAUUGUCCUAUUAAAAUGUUAGAGUACUAUGUUGAGUAUUCGAAGAAGAUGGAUGAGCAUCGUAGGGAAGUGUGGGUCGACUAUAGUGGGCAAUUAUACAGUCAGAUCUAUUUGACUACCCCUCUUGUAAAAGAAGUUAGAUCACUAUCGCAUUUGGCCAGACUUGCUGUGAAUCGAAGCAAAUUAUCUACUGAUUGUUUACCACUUUUAAUUAAAAACUAUAUUGCGGAGUAUCCAUAUAUGCUUUGAGUGUGUAAUACAUCACACAAUGCGUUAAUCUUCCUUUAUAUGUAUAUAUAUUUGCUCAUACAUAUGCACGUGUAUAUGUAAAAAAGAAUAUAUAUAUAUAAUACGCACAUAUGUAUGUAUGUAUGUAUGUACUUACGUACGUAUAUGCAUGUAUGCACUUAAUAGCUAAGCCUAUAGAGACAAAUUUUGAGUAAAGUAACCAAUUUUUGAUGAUAGAAAAGCAACAAAUUCUAAAGAGUUUGUUAUAUCUGAUUCUAUCGACAAACUGCCAUUAGAAAUAUAACAAAGUUUGCUGUGCCAGUGGAUUGACAGCAGAAAGCUAGUAGGAUUUGCAAUUUCUGCUCAAUUUCUGCUGCCAAUUUAUUAUUAGAUUGCUUGCGCGCGCAAAUCUUGCUUGAUUUCUGCCAAUAUCAGCAAGUUUUGUCGAUAGAUUCUGACCAUAUUAAUCAAGAUGACUAGGGAUCUAUAAUUAAUCAAUAUCUGAUCAAAUUUUUUACCGCUAGUAUUUUGCUAUCUAGGAUAUGUAUGUAUGUGAAUAUAUAUAUAUAGCAAAAAUUUAUUUUUAUAUAAUGCAAUACACAAAUUUCUCCGAUAGCUCAUUUUUGAUAAUGAGCCGAUUAUGCCUUUAAUUAUAUUAUUUAUAAUCAUUGCGUAAAUGUAAAAAAGAAUUGUAGUUUACAAGUAUAAUCAUAUAAAAAAAUAUGCACACACAUACACAUACACACACAGACGCGCUCGAGUGUACGUGAGUGUGUUAAUAAAGUGUAUAUAUGUAUAAUAAAUAAGUUUUGAAUAAUAUAAUAGGAUUGUAAUAAAAUUUAUUACACACACACGCACACCCACGCACAUACACACAUGUACAGGUAUCUUUACUUACAAUAGGAUUAUGUUUUGACAAUUCGGUUGUAAAUCGUCGUAACUUGUAAGAUGAAUAUUCAUGUUUUAUAUAAAUAAAACAUUAUUUAUGGAAAA